AUGGAGUUUCCUCAGCAUUCCCAGCAGCUGCUGUCAGCUCUGCGGUCUCAGCGUCAGCGGGGCUUCCUCUGUGACUGUACCGUCCUGGUGGGCUCAUCCCGUUUCCUGGCUCACCGGGCUGUUUUGGCCUCCUGCUCGCCUUUCUUCCACAUGUUUUACUCAGACUCUCCAGGAGGAAACAGCGCCAGCAGCUCUGUCACACUUGACAAUGACAUUGUCACAUCUGCUGCAUUUGGCUUGCUCUUGGACUUUGUCUAUGAAGGUGUGCUGCAGCUGGAAGAGUCUCCUCCAGUGGAGGACAUAUUGGCAGCUGCUAGCUUUCUUCAUAUGAACGAGGUGGUGAGAGUGUGCAAGAGGAGACUGCAGAGACGAGGGCCCGUGGCUGAGGCUGACAGCACACGCUCUGAAGAGAGCGCUGGUUUGAGGAAGGCAAUAGGAAUGGAAAGGGAAGGUAGAGGCGAUGGUGGAGCUGACCCUAUGGUGGCAAUGGCUGGAGAUCAGUCAAAUCCAGCCGUAGCAACGCCACUGUUAUCAGUUUCAAUAGAGAGGAGGCAGGUGGAGUCUGUGAAGUCUGAGCAGAGGACUUGUGGGGCGUCAUCAGAGGUACGAGUUCAGACUCCUCUGAGCCCUGACCUCGCUGAUACCACCCAGCCAGGCAUGGACAUCCAUCCUCUGGCUCCAGGCAGAGAACACGUGCAGGGCCUCAUCGUAGGUCAGUCUACUCCUGCCUCUGGAGGUCAUGCCCGGCUGGGGACUCGGGGUCAGGAAGAUGGGUCAGCGCUCUGCAGCCCCUGUAGCACCACUGAGAUGUACAGCCAAAGCAGUAACCAGCAGCCCUCUUCCUCAUCUUCUUCCUCUCGGUUCCUGGUGAGCCAGGCUGGUGGUCGGCCUGUGGUUUCUCAUCCCCAGUUAGAAUCCAGCCUCUCCCCAAGUGCACAUCUGGAUGAACCCCAACUGCUCCGUGAUGACUCUGUUCAAGAACUCCCAGAAACUGACCACAGAGGUGCAACAGGCAGAGGACAACAGAUGGUCGUGUUAAUCCAAGCAUCAACUCUAAACUCAGAUUUACAAACAAACCCAACACACUCCGCACCCCAGCAUGCACCUUCCCAAAUCCGAAUUCAGAGCGCUGUAUCGCUCCAACGCCAGAGUUCAAACUUUCACAAUGCUCCUCAGACACAAACGCUUAAGGGAACUGUGGGGAACACUGCACCUCCACCUACCACGAGAAAUGAAAGAUCUCGCCCUCUUAUGGGCAGAGUGAAGACAGGCAAUGAUCGAGAGAAUGUGAAAGUCAAAAUGGAGGCUAUUGUAAUAUCUGACGAAGAGCUAGAGGACGAGAAAGAGGACAACAGAGAGCAAGAGCCAGUGAUGGAAGUGGACGACGAGUUUGACGACGACAUUCAGGAAGAUGAGCUAAACAGCCCUCAGUUUCUUUCUUCCCACUCACAGGGGCUCUUACAAAUGACCUCCCAUUCAAAUGACUACUCCUUCCCUCUCUCUCCCUCCUCCUCCUCCUCCGGAGCCGGACCUUCCUCGCAGGACACUUCCUCCUUCGCCGCCUCCCUCAUUCCUCCAUCCACAUCUCAACAGCAUUCAGACGCUCCAGCCUACUUCCAGGACUUCCAGGACUCAGUGGGGAACUUUGUAGAGGACGUCCCGACAUGUGGGGUCUGUGGAAAGACUUUCUCUUGCACAUACACUCUAAGGCGCCACGCCAUCGUACACACCCGCGAACGUCCAUAUGAGUGCCGCUACUGCUACCGAAGCUACACACAAUCAGGCGACUUGUACCGACACAUUCGCAAAGCUCAUGACCACACUCUGCCCGCCAAACGCAGCAAGGCAGACACAGAGCCCUCCCUGCCACCACAACCACCUCCACCACCUCUCAGCUAACGCACCAACAGACUCACUGUUCAUUUCUGUACUUUAACACACAUUCAUGAACUUUAAACAAGCUCUGGUUCCACCUUUUAAAUCUAAAUUGAGUAGGACUACAAAAUAUUUAACUAUCGUCAAAUAUAUAAAGGUACCUGAAAAAUGUCACUGUUAAGAAGCUGUAGGAGCUUUUUUCUUUUUUUAAAUGAGUCAAAACAGUGAAGUAAUUAGUAAUUAUUUCAACAGUUACAGACUGAUUGUUGCAGCUCCACCGAGUUUCCUUUAAGCAGUUGUGGUCAACGUUGUUUACUGUCUUUGAAACAUUUUAAUUGUAUCCACAGGUCUUUAUCAAUGUUUGUUUUGUGAAAUUAAUACAUUUACAGUCAUGA